AUGUCUCGCACAUCAAGAGCCAGAGCCUCCAGGAGCCAGCCAGGGCCUAUGGCCUGCGCGCAUGAUGUUUUAUACAAUUCCAUCUCUGCUCAUGCUCGCAGCUUGUCAUACUAUGCCUCCGCUGUCUCUGCAGCCUCUCGUACAAGAAAGCCGCCGGAUGGCUGGGACUCAUCGAUCCCGCCGACACCACGGUCGAGCUUUCCGAGUGCCAACGUUCUUCCUCAAGAUCAUCUCGAUCAAUUCCCGAAAGAGCCCGGAGAUGACCUUUUUGAAUUCAUCACAAACGGAGGCCGUAACCAAGUUACUCCUAGGAGGAAAUGCCUCUAUAUAGUUGAUGCACCGGAUAUCGAUCCUGAUAUUGCUGGAUUCAUGACGGGUUGGACAGACCCAGUAGUACCGGCUGGAUCUGAUAAUCUGCUCUUGACUUCGACCAUCAAUUCCCCUCGUGUCGAGGACACAGCCGGCUAUCUCGCAGCCUUUUAUACGGGCCUGGAUGUCAAGAUUCUCAAAAGCCAUUUCCGUUUCAAGAAAUGGGGUGAGAAACAACAGGGCGUGAGCAACCGUGGGAACAUUGCUCUCAUGGCACCAAACGGAGCUGCCACGCGUGUGCGCUUCCGGCCAGCCCCGGAUGGCGCAACGGCUGGCCAGCUCAAUCUCAAUGACAUGCUUGAUGCUCUGCAUGCAUCCAUACCAACCGAUGCAUUUGCUAUCAUCCUUGUGACGGACCACGACUUAUACGAGGAUGAGGAGGACGACUUUUGCGCCGGGCGCGCCUAUGGAGGCUCGCGCAUCUGCAUCGUCUCAAUGUUUCGGUACAAUCCAGUCCUGGACUCCCACGCUGGAACCAGCUACGCUCACAGCUGGCCAGCAUCACAUUGCAGAGACUAUGUCGAUGAAUGCUGGGAGGCUAGCGAGCCAGCUCUUAAGGAGACAGACUACGGGCGGGACAGGAAGAAGAAAAGACGCGCCCGGCCCGACCCUAGUUGCACUGCGGACCUUAAACAAGAUAAUACUUCUCCCCUAGCAAGGGCGGUCUUGUCUGCACGAGAGGUCCUGGUACCUGGUUGCCAAGAGGACUGGGAAGGGUUAUGGCUUGCCCGGGUGUGCCGUACGGCCAGCCAUGAGCUUGGUCAUUGUGUUGGGAUAGGCCACUGUAUUUACUACUCUUGCGUUAUGCAAGGUUCGGCGAGCAUCGCUGAAGAUUACAGACAGCCGCCGUAUCUCUGCCCCGUGUGUCUGAGAAAGGUGGCUUAUUCCCUAGCAGGCGAGGGCAUCAUGAAGUCUCCGGGAUUAGGACGCCUAGAGAGAAGCGGUGCAGCCGAAAAGCGCUGGAUAGCGCAGAGCUACCGUAACAUGAGCUCAUACUGCCUGGGACGGAAAGGGAUAGGGAUGUUUGGUGGAUUACAUGGCUGGCUGGAAGGACGGCUACGAGAGAUUGACGUGGCCGCACAUGAUGACUCUGUUCCCCAAAGGCGGGAGGGAGAUGAAGACGACGAUUCAUCGGUAAUAUUCAUGGGGUCAAUUGAGAGAACGUAA